AUGCCAAAGCUAACUAACGCGGAACGGGCCAAGAACUUUCGAAAGCGUCAAAAGGAGAAAGCUAAGUCAACCGGACAGCAGAAAAAUCCAGCUCGGACCAGUACAGAACGAUCUCGGGAACACAGGGCCCGAGAGAGGGAGAAACGACCGAGUAUAAUUUCGACGACGAGACCUAAACAACAGCAGAACACACCCGUGUCGUUGGAAGUCAACUGCAGUGUGGAGAAAAUGUCCUCUUCCGAAUCGGCAGAACCGGCCGGAUGGCUGAGACUCGGCGACCUGGCGAUCGGCGGCGACGGCGGCGUGUGCGUCACGUCGCUGAUCAAGGACAAGAUACGCGAGUACAUGCUGAACGAGGAACAGCAACAGACGACCGCGACGUCCACCACGGCGGUGGCUGCAGCGGCGGCCACGGUGGCCAACACGGCGCAGGCGUCCAAUAGCGGUGACGUCACGUGCGUCCGGCGGAUAGGCAACUCUCUGGACCUGUUGUUGCGCGAGAGCCGAAAUGCCGGCCACGCCGUGGCCGCGGCCACUGCCAAGAACAAGACGUCGUCGUCUUCAACGCCUUCAUUCGCCACCGCCGCCACGGCGGCCGUGGACGUGGCUUCUGCCGGCUGCGCGGUCAUCACCGCCCCCGUCGACCAUAUCGCGUCCACCGCGGUCAUCACCGCGCCAGCCGACAGCUCGCGCCCGACCGUCGAUCGACCGCUGCCACCACUGCCACCACUGUUCACCAAACGGUAUUUCACGAUAGAAGACGAGAUGCAAAUUAGUCGCAUGCCGAUCCCGGCAGAUGAUUGUGCGAACAGCGAAAUGUCGGUUGAUGCUAGUCCCUCGGAUACAAAGACCGAUGAUUUGGAAACUACAACAAAAGUAAAUGGUGAUAGUCACAAAAAGUUAAAUGGAACUGCUGUAGACAAUGCUAUUGAAACUGAUGAAGCCUCACAACUUGUAAUUAAAAAAGAAGAAGAAGACAAUGACGAAGAUGAUAAUGAAGAUGAAGAUGAUGAAGAAGAAAAAUCAGAAAAAGAAAAGGUUAAAAAAGAAAAAGAUCCAGAAGACAAGACUGAACCUUUGUCCAAAACUACUGAUAAAAUUGUGAAAAAUGGGGUAUCUGUAGAGCAACAAAACUCCGUAGAAGCCAUUAAUGGUGAAACUUCUACAACUAAUGAUGAUGAUCCUAUAAUAAAUGAAGAAAAAGAUGAAGAAGUAAAGCCUAUGGAGAUUGACGAAACUGUAGUUCAAACUAAUGAAGAUGUAGUUAUUAAGAAAGAAACUUUAGAAGUUGACGAACCAGAAGUCACUGAACACGUAGAAACUCAAGAAACCGAAAAACCUAUUAACGGAAAUGCAAAUCAAAAGGAUGAAGUUAUCACUACUAGUAACGAAGUAUUGAAGAACAGCGAAGAAGAAACAAAUCCAGUGAAUGGGGAGAUAAAACUUGAAGAUGAUAAACACUUUAAAUCUGAAAAAGUCAAUCGUAAAGUUCUCGAAGAAGAGGAUAUGUCUAGUGAAAUUAGUACAGAUACACUUUCACCCAAGCAGAUAGAUGAACCAAUUGCACGCAAGAGGUCUGCUGCUAGUCACGAUGAACUUAGUGUUGUAAGUGGAGCAAGCAGUGAUAACGAUUUACCUAAAAUUAAAAAGUUACGAUCUGAUGAAGACCAUCCUUUAUUAAAAGACGAUACUCGAGAACGAUUGAUCAAGAAUAUUGUACAGUCAAGUGGUAAAAAUGAAGUUGAAUUAAACAGAAAUGUAGAAAAAAUACAAAAUGAAAUAAAAGUAAUCACAGAAAUAGCACAGACUAAACGUGACGAGUUAGUGACUCUGAUCAGGUUACAAAAACUUAAAGAGGAAAUUAUUGAACGGUUAAUGAUUAAACUAAAAGAAUUUGAUGCUAUUAAGACAGACAACAGCAAAGACUGGAAUUUACCAGAAAUGUUUCAAAUUAAUUUAAGUCAGCCCGAACACAUACUAAGUGAAAAGAAUAUCUUAGAUAUUAUUGACAACCGCGGUGAUAGUCAACUCGAAAAGUCGGCAAUUAAUAAUUAUGAUCAGAAUAUGUAUGCCUCUUCAUCAUCUAAUACUAGUAUCACACCAGUGGCUUCGUCAUCUAAUGCUCAGUCCAAUGAAUGGACAGUGUCGGAUAGGGUAAACCGCACCAAUCGUGUUCAAAGACCAAUACUGCCUAAGCCUUCUGCGGCGAACAAUCAUAAAGAAGGCCGACAAGGUCCUAUAUUAGAUGUCAAGCUAAUUAUUGCUGAUCAUCGAUCAAAAAAUCCUGAAACAGGUGUGACUACUAAAAGAGGCCGCCGGAAGGCGAAUGCCAAUGAUUUUUCAGUACCUACAUCUUCAGCUCCAUUACGUUAUCCAAAUCCUAUGGGUUUCGGUAAUCCACUUCAUCAUGCCAGUGAUGGAAAUUUUAAAACUAAAGUUACAUUACAUCCAGUCUCGCAGCCAAUGCAGCAGCAACAACAACUACAGCAACAACAACAACAACAACAACUACUGCAACAACAACAAAUACAACAACCACAGCCAACAUCUCUAUUGCAUGGAAUUUUAACCAAAGGCGCCGGUACACACCAUUUACCACUUAGUAUGUCACACCCUCCGACCAAUUAUUCGCCUACAUUAGCAAGACUUUUAACUGCUCCAGAACGAUGCAAGCAAAGCAGAGGAAAACGGCAAGCACCUGCAGCUACUGUUGUCUCUUCCAAUGCGCAAUCUCGUAAUGAAAUAACUAUUACACCAGUUCAGAGUACGUCGAUGUCUUCAACUUUUCAACAAAAACCAAGUUGUUCGUCAAAUAUACCACCUGCUCAGGUAGAUGAUGAAGACGCAUCUGAUAGACUGGUUAUUGACGAAGGACAAGAUGUUAUGAAUGCAAACUCUCCAUCUAGUGCCCCACAGUGUCAAGGUUGUAUGCAAAAACCUGCACAAUUUGUUUGUGCUGGAUGUGGCAAUCAAUGGUACUGCAGCAAAGACUGUCAAAUCGAUGCUUGGGAUGAUCAUUCAGAAGUCUGUAGUGGUUAA